AUGAAGCUCUCUCUCGCUCUUCUGCCCAUCGCAGUGGUCCUGCUGGCCGGUAGCAGCUCAGCCCUCGUCCCUCCUACUCUGCCCACCGCGGAUGGAAACCCGGUCCGCCAGGUCAGGUUGGUGGGCAGUCGCGAGGCCAGCGGACUCGGCACGCUCAAGCUCUACGAAAGCUAUGAUGCGGGCCAGCUCUUCUGCCUCGCCACUAGCCUUGGCCCCGGUUCGUGGAGGCUGCAGGACAGGGGGCAGGACGUCACGCUCCAGCCCCAUCCCAUCGGCGACUGCGCCCGUGUCGGGAACGACGCCAAGAAGAAGGCGGCCUUCCAGCUUCUCCAGAGCGGCAAGUUCCGUCCCCGGGAGUUCAGCAUCAUCGUGGGUGGCAGGCUGCCCUUCUACCUGGAGCCGCCGUCGCAGGGCUGA